GGCGACAUGGCUGAGCACAGGAACGGUGAGAUGCAUGAGGUGAAUGAGAUCAUUACAGCCAGCAUGUUGGAAGAAGAGAGGCAGCUGGAAGAGGAAGGUCAGGAGGAAGAGAAGAAGCUGAUGGAACAGGCCAAAAUGUUUUGGGAAAAAGACUCGCGUGAAAUGCGUUACAAGCGAUUACAGCAUUUACUGGAGAAGAGUAAUAUUUACUCCAAGUUCUUGCUGAUGAAGAUGGAGCAACAGCAACAGGAGGAACAAAAAAGGAAAGAGAAGCUUGAAAAGAAGAAGAAGCUGCUGGUGCAGGGAAAUAAUUCAUCAAUAGAAGAGAACAAAACAGCAAUAAAGAAGAAAAGGGGAAGAGAAGAAGGAGCGUACAGUAUUUCAGAUUACAUCACUAAGGAGGAUAUUUUGUCAAGAGUCAAAAAGGCUAAAACAGAUGAAAAUCUCGACACCACGACUCAGAAAAAACUUGAGGUUGAAGAUACAGAGAAGAACCAGGAUUCAAAUUCUGCUAUCAAGGACAGGUUGACACAGACAGUUCGCCACAACUCUCAGCAUCUCUGGGAUCCUGUAAGGUUGGUGGAUGGCCAGCCAGUUCCAUAUCAACAGCCUAAACUCUUCACAAAUGGAGUGAUGAGGUGGUACCAAGUGGAGGGUAUGGAGUGGCUCAGGAUGCUGUGGGAAAAUGGUAUUAAUGGGAUUCUAGCAGACGAGAUGGGCCUAGGAAAGACUGUCCAGUGCAUUGCCAUGAUAGCUAUGAUGGUGGAGCGAGGGGUCCCAGGACCUUUUUUUGUUUGUGGUCCUUUGUCUACUCUCCCAAACUGGGUGUCUGAAUUCAAGAGAUUCACUCCAGAGAUUCCUGUGCUUCUUUAUCAUGGGAACCAAAAAGAUCGCCAUCAAAAACUACGUAAAAUUCACAAAAGACAGGGGUCUCUACACAUCCUGCCUGUCAUCAUCACUUCUUAUGAAAUUGCAAUGAGAGACAGGAAAUAUUUCCAGAAUUUUCACUGGAAAUACCUCAUAGUGGAUGAAGGCCAUAGAAUCAAGAACUUAAACUGUCGCCUGAUUCAAGAGCUGAAAAGAUUCAAUACUGACAACAAGCUGCUAUUGACUGGAACCCCUCUACAGAAUAACUUGGCAGAACUCUGGUCGUUGCUUAACUUCCUAUUGCCCGAUGUGUUUGAUGACUUGAAAAGUUUUGAAUCUUGGUUUGACAUUUCAAGCAUCACAGAAAAUGUUGAAGAUAUAGUUGCCAGUGAACAGGAACAAAGUAUUCUGCACAUGCUUCACCAGAUCCUAACUCCAUUCCUGCUGAGAAGGUUAAAAUCUGAUGUCACUCUGGAUAUUCCUCCGAAGCGGGAGGUUGUGGUUUAUGCACCCCUGAGCAAGAAACAGGAGUCAUUCUACACUGCUAUAGUUAACAAGACCAUCAGAACACUGCUGGGACAGGAGUCUGAACAGGAGAAGCCACAACUAACCUCUACAGGUCGACCAAAACGGCGAAGCAGGAAGCAUGUAAAUUAUACUGAGAAUUAUGAUGAUGAUGAUUUGGAGAAACUGAUUACUAGCAUGCAGCACAAUACCCACGAACAGAGGCCUGUUUUGGAUGUUUAUGUUCCACAAGAAAAGGAAAUCCACUUAAAAUUGCAAAAUGUGUUGAUGUUGCUCAGGAAGUGCUGUAACCAUCCUUACCUAAUUGAGUACCCUUUGGAUUGCAGGACCCAGGAGUUUCAGAUAGAUGAGGAGUUGGUGAAAAGUUCAGGAAAGUUUUUCAUCUUGGAUCGAAUGCUGCCAGAGCUCAGGAAAAGAGGGCACAAGGUGCUGAUAUUUUCUCAAAUGACAUCAAUGCUGGACAUCCUGAUGGACUACUGCUACCUGAGAGACUAUAAGUACAGCCGGUUGGAUGGUUCCAUGCCUUACACCCUGCGUGAGGAAAAUAUAAACAAUUUCAACAAUGAUCCUGAAGUCUUCCUCUUUUUACUGAGCACUCGAGCUGGGGGUUUGGGCAUUAACCUGACAGCAGCGGAUACUGUCAUUAUAUAUGAUAGUGACUGGAAUCCUCAGGCUGAUCUCCAAGCUCAGGACAGGUGUCAUCGGAUUGGUCAGAGCAAACCUGUGGUGGUGUAUCGCCUGGUAACUGCCAGCACCAUUGAUGAGAAGAUUGUGGAGAAAGCCACAGCCAAGAGGCGACUUGAAAAGAUGGUUAUUCAUAAAAAUAAAUUCAAAGGGGGGAAAUCAGGCUUGAAUCAGUCUCGGUGCAGUUUGGAUUCUACUGAACUACUGGAGUUGCUGAGAUCUCGGGAUCAUGAAAGAGUAGUGAAAGGAUCUACCGAGAAAGUGAUAAGUGAUGCCGAUCUUCGGAUUCUCCUGGAUCGCAGUGAUCUAAUCAAACAAACAAAGAAACAGAACUUGGGAGUCAAAAGCCAAACAGACAAAGUUUUCAAAGUACUUGACAAUGAUGAGGCAAAUGCAGGAAUCCAGCUGUGUGGGCUGUGAGAGGUGGCUGGCCACAUCUCUGUAGUCAGGUGUUAGUUGUGCCUUCCCUGUAGGGAAAUGUUCCUCCUUUGAGUCGCUUUCUGAACUGCAUUCUUGGGGUUAUUGAUCUGACAUGACUUCCUGUUUUAAAGGUUUUUAAACUGGGGCUUUUUCUUUUAAUGUGCUUUUGUUUUGCACGGUAGGUUACAGAUGCAGAUUUUUUUUUUCCAAUUUUGAGAUUUAUUGCUACCUGAAAUCUGAAUAAAAGGUUGACUUCAAAUUUUUGAACAUUGUACAGGUGAAAUGGGAGAAUAAAGAGUUUUUUCUUGCUUUGUUUACCUGUACAAUUUAGUUUGUAAGUACAUGGAGUUCUUCCCCUCCAAGAUAUUUGCACAUUUAUUGUCUCGGCAGAGGCCCUGUUCAAAUGAAACAGGAAGUUAAAGCUCCGCCAUUUGGUGAGAGUUUGCCAGGAAUGCCACUAUGUGCCUUUCUGUUGUAUUUAGUACUGGUCAGUGUUGGAAAAUCUGACUGUGCAUCGGUGUAUGUUUUUAACAGUUUUGUUGUCUUCCUUGCCUUCAAAGGACAAAUUGUAAUCACCAAUUUUAAAGUAAAUUAGCAUCAGGGACGGUGUCACUAGGUGCAGUUACUCUCCUCCCCCUGCCCUUUUGUUUCUGACUGGGAAAAUCCCAGAGCGCAGUUCUUCUCUCCUUUUGCUUUUUGCUCAAGGUUAAUGAUGGUGAAAUUUGAGAAACUGACGAUUGCAAAGUUUUUGUUUCCAUUUCUCUUUCUCUGUUCCCACCCCCUGGAUAAUUGCUUUGAGUCGAGACCAAUAGUUGUUUAAUUUGAUCAUUCCUGUGGGGUGGAGCUUGUUGCUCACCCGGGUGGAUAUUGUUUUAGUUGGAAUGCCUGGAAAUCAAAGUUGCGAUGGAAACCCUAAUGAGCACUGCCUCCCACACCUGUGCUGUGUUUGCAGUGUGCUGUAUCCAGGGGCUGUGGAAGGGGGCUGGUGUUGAGGGUUACCUCCAGCAACUACUCAGGACCAUGGAACCCAGCUCUUGCAGCAGUUUGUGUGGAUUCUUACUUGGCUGUCAUUGGCAGUGCAGUUCUAUGUGAACUGAAAAGAAUGAAAGGCUGGUUAGUAGUGAUUUUGUAGUAAAAUUAAGAAGUUACGCAUCUGAAAUUCAUUUCCUUGGAUAAGUUUCUUGUUUUCAUUUUGGGUAAUUGCACAGGGAUUAAACCGAUACCUAUAGAAGAUACCUGGUGAAGAGGUUUGUAGCCGCUGUGCACUGCAAUUAUAGUUGGUUGAUUAGGGGAGGCUUGGUAUAGAUAGAUGCCUAUCACUGCAGAUACAAGACUGGUCCUGCUUUUUCUUUCAAGAAAAUGAGCUUCAGGAUCUUAAAGGUUCAGCAUUGUGGGACACUUUCUUCCAACUUCAAUCCCUGUUGUAUGUUGAAUGCUCUUGUAUAAACUGUACAAAAAAUUGUUUUUAUUAGAAAUAAAAUUUUAAAAUUGGU